AUGGAACCGACAUGCAUAGCGAUGGUGUCCGACUUCUUCCUUCCAGACGUUGGCGGCGUCGAGAACCACAUCUACAUGCUCAGCGCCAACCUCAUCCGCCGCGGACACAAAGUCGUCGUCAUCACGCACAGCCGUCCGCCAGACCGCGUCGGCGUCCGCUGGAUGCUCCCCGCGCUCAAAGUCUACUACAUCCCGUUCACGACGGUCGCCUCGGGCGCGACGUUGCCCAACUACUUCUGCUUCCUGCCCUACCUCCGCGCCAUCCUCCUCCGGGAGCGCGUCGCGCUCGUGCACGGGCACGCGGGGCUGUCCUCGCUCGCGCACGAGGCGAUUCUGCACGCGCACCAUAUGGGCGUGCGCACGGUGUUCACGGACCAUAGCUUGUUCGGAUUCGAGGACGCUGCGAGCAUUUUGACGAAUAAGCUGCUGGUUGGGGCGUUGAGGAAUGUGGGUGCGGUGGUUUGUGUGUCGCAUACGGGACGCGAGAAUACGGUGCUGAGGGGCCAGCUCUUUGAGCACGCCGAGGACGGGUCGGGGAGGCUGGAGGUUAGACGGGAUGUGUAUGUUAUUCCGAACGCGCUCGUUGCGGACCAGUUCAAGCCCGCGCCCGAGCCGCUGCCACGGGAUACCAUCACGAUCGUUGUCAUCUCGCGCCUCGCCUACCGCAAGGGCAUCGACCUCCUCGUCGCCACCGCACCCCGGAUAUGCGCCGCAUUCCCCAACGUCAAGUUCAUCGUAGGUGGCGAUGGCCCCAAGCUGAACGACCUCCUCCAGAUGCGCGAGCGCUGCGUGCUGCAGGACCGCAUCGAGCUGCUCGGGCCUGUGGCGCACAGCGAUGUCCGGGAGGUGCUCACGAGAGGCGCGAUCUUCCUCAACACGUCCCUUACCGAGUCGUUCGGCAUCGCGCUGCUCGAGGCGGCCUGCGCGGGGCUGUAUGUCGUCGCGACACGUGUUGGUGGAGUGCCUGAGAUCUUGCCGGAGGAUAUGAUUUCGUUCGCGAGGCCUGAGGAGGACGACGUUUUCCGUGCCCUCUCAGACGCAAUCCGUCUGGUAGAGCGAGGUGAACACGACCCUGCGCGCGCUCACGAGCGCGUCCGCAGGAUGUACGACUGGGGAAGGGUCGCCGAGCGCACGGAGCACGUCUACUCUGCCGUCUUGGCGAGCGAAGAGCGCGGGCUGUGGGAGCGCAUGCAGCGGACGAUGGACAUCGGUCCGUUUGCAGGUCCGAUAUACACGAUCAUUCUCAUCGUGGACUGUCUUUUCUUUUUGUUCCUCGAGUGGCUGUAUCCGCGGGAGGAUAUUGAUUAUGUCGAGAGGGAGUGGGAUCAUGAGCGGUUUCGCAAGCUUGCCCGCGAGCACGAGCUCGACCUCAGCAAACACGAACAGCGAGAUGAUAGAACUGGAGAGGCUGGCCGAUGCCCACCGAGGGUUGAAGUCGGAGAGGACGGGAGCUCGUUGCGAGAUGCUGCGAACUCGAACGAGCCAGAAGGUGUCACUCCCGCUUUGGAAGAUCAUUCUGACGGUUUGGGUGUUGAUAGACUUCGGGUUCCGAGUAGACACUAGAUGACGAAUAUUGGAUGGAUUCGUAC